AUGUCCCAUUCCAACCAGUCCAGCACCUCUUUCUUCCUGUCUGGCCUCCCAGGCCUUGAAGCUGUGUAUGUAUGGUUCUCCAUUCCUUUGUGGACCAUGUAUACUGCCUCUCUGGCAGGGAACAUCCUGAUCCUGUGGGUGGUGAAGUCAGAGACCUCCCUGCACCAGCCUAUGUACUAUUUUCUGUCCAUGCUAGCAGUGACUGACCUGGGCCUGUCGGCCUCCACGCUUCCCACCAUGAUCACCAUCUAUAUGCUGGGUGUCAAGGAGGUGGCAGUGGACACGUGCCUGGCCCAGCUCUUCUUCAUCCAUACUUUCUCAAUCAUGGAGUCCUCUGUGCUGCUGACUAUGGCCUUUGACCGUUUUGUGGCCAUCAGUAACCCCUUGCGGUAUGGCACCAUCCUCACCAACCCCCGGAUUGCCAGCUUGGGCCUGGCCAUUGUGGUGCGCAGCAUUGGUCUCCACAUCCCGGCCCCCAUCAUGCUGCGGAAGCUGCCUUACUGCCAGAAGCGUCAGCUCUCCCACUCCUACUGCCUGCACCCCGAUGUCAUGAAGCUGGCCUGCACUGACACCCACGUCAACAGCGCCUAUGGCCUCUUCGUGGUUCUUUCCACUCUGGGUGUGGACUCGGUGCUCAUUGUUCUCUCCUACGGGCUGAUCCUCUGCACAGUGCUGUCCAUUGCCUCGAAGGCUGAGCGCCUGAAAGCGCUCAACACCUGUGUCUCCCAUAUCUGUUCUGUGCUGCUCUUCUACACCCCGAUGAUUGGGCUGUCCAUGAUCCACCGUUUUGGGAAGUGGGCUUCUCCGUGUAGCCGUGUACUGCUCUCCUAUCUGCACUUUCUCACACCUCCAGUGCUCAAUCCAGUUGUCUACACCAUAAAGACCAAGCAGAUCCGGCUGAGGAUGCUACACAUCUUCCAGUCAGGUGGACCCAGCAUCAGGGGUACCCGGGGUCACUAA